AGUAGUGAUUUCUCUGGCGAACGGCGAAAACCGAACCGCGUAGAAAUAGGAAAAGUUGGUGUGGCACAGACCUACUUAUUCUGCUUACGUAUGCUGGUCCUAUUGUCUUAAAUUUAUACCCGGCGGCAUUUUAAUUCGUCAUUUAUCUAUUUCACACAUUUAUGCAAAUAUAGUGAAUUUAGUUUUAUUCAUUUGUAGUUAUAAAUAAAAAAAUUUCGUUGCAAAAACGAUUUAAAUGCAUAUGUACGAGUAUGAUAAAACAAAAUAGAUUUUAAAAAUAUACUUGUAGUAAAAUUAAGUGGAUCCUGUUAAUCGCGCAAACAAGCAGCCCAAUGGAAACCAAUUGCCGUCUAUAUCGCCAUUAACCUUACAGAACACAAACAACUAAUGAUACGUAUCUGUUGUUCUGUCGUAAAGCAUGUCCAGUGUUACAGAGCACAGAGGUUGUCUUUUACAAAUUGGAGCAGAUCAUAGCUCCACUUCAAUUGCCGAUCGAUCGCUAAAACUCUUCUUUGCAAAGCAUCGUCGAAGAAGACAAAAAAGCGCGCAACCUAGCUCCAGCAUACAAGAGGACGGUCGGAGUGUUGUUUGAGGUGACAUAGAGUGAGCGUUGUAGGAAAAAUGUCCUCACGGCGCAGCUCAUUUCGAAAACGACAAAAACCCCCUUUCGAACGAUUCAAAGAUAGAUGUCGACAAUUUACAGCUUUUCUGUUUAGUAAUGUUGGCAUCAUACUCCUUGUAAUAAUCUAUACCAUUGGAGGUGCCUUCAUUUUUCAAGCAAUUGAAUUAUUCGAAUACGAAAGACUCAGUACACACAAAACUAUAAAACCCAACAUAACGGGGAAAUGCCUGCAAAAGAUCUGGGAUAUAACUGUACAAAAUAUAAGUUUCUUUGACAACAAUUAUUAUAAGGAAAGAGUUAACGAAAUUUUACUGGAAUUUCAACGGGAAGUUGCACAUGAAAACUUAAUUGAUCCUGAUAUUGACAAACAGUGGAGCUUCUCGGGUGCUUUCCUCUAUUCACUAACGGUUAUAACUACUAUAGGUUAUGGCAAUAUUUCACCAAAAUCGGAUUGGGGCAAAUUAGUGACAAUUUUAUAUGCAAUUAUUGGUAUGCCGCUUUUCCUUUUAUAUCUAUCGAAUAUAGGCGAUGUUCUAGCCAAAUCCUUCAAAUGGAUUUACUCCAAAGUAUGCCUGUGCCGCAUUUGUCCGGGUGUUGCAAGGCGACGAAUCAUACGGGAACGAAGGAAACUGCGUCAAUUGGCUAUGUCUAAAGCGCUGCAAGACAUGGAAAGUCAUCGGUGUACGAACAGCAGUAGUGACAGUCGGAGUAGUAACAGCUCCUCGAGUAGUUACUACAGUGAAGAAACUGAAACUUCUACACAGAGUAUGAGUGCACUGGAGAACUUUGAGAAAGAGAAUGAUUCCGACAUUGAGAGAGAAAUACGAAUGAAUACUGACGAAAUAACUGUGCCGCUAAUGGUCUGCGUAGUCAUAAUGAUAAGUUAUAUAUUAGCUGGAGCUAUUUUGUUCAGCCGGUGGGAGGCAUGGGACUAUUUGGAUGGCAGUUACUUCUGUUUCAUAUCGUUAAGUAGUAUCGGUUUUGGCGAUUUGGUGCCCGGCGAACGGGUGAUUACUGCCGAUAAAGACAAAGUGGAGGUUAGUUUUAUACUUUGUGCUGUUUAUCUUCUACUUGGUAUGGCGCUCAUUGCUAUGUGUUUUAAUUUAAUGCAGGAACAAGUCAUUCAUAAUGUGCGCGCCAUAAAGCGGGCCUUUAAGUCCUGCUUUGGUUGCAGAAGAUGACACUACGUUAGACGCAUUUGUUAUGUGUACAGUAGAAUAAAUCGUGAUACUAAGUUGCAAAAACACUAUUGAGUAAUAUAUGUAGAUUUAUUUUAUUAUACAAUAAAUAUGUAUAACUGUUUAAAGAUAGUAAUAUUCAAUAAAAUAGCAAUCCAAAUGUGUUCGCAAGCGAAAAGAAAGAAAGAAAUAAAAAUAGGUGUUUUUACGGAUAUUAAUAUA